GCAGUAUGAGAAAGAUCACCUAGGGAAGGAUUGUGAGGGAAAGCCGGUAACUUGUCGUUACUGUCAGUGGUUGGGACACCGUGAGUAUGAGUGUUACAAGAAAGAGGUUGAUGUUAAGUCAGGGAAGGUGAAAGAAUCUAGUGCUCCCAGCAAACCACCUCAGUCUAGUCACUAGUAGAAAAACUUAAAUGGGCACCGCCAAAUGCGAACCGGUUUUUAAAAACCGGUGCGAAAUAAAAAGACGGGAUUGAGGGAAAGAGUUUUUGCACCGGUUCUAACCAAACCGGUGCAAAAAAUGAGUUAAUCGCACCGGUUCAGUUUGAAUCGGUGAAAAAGAUGUUGUAAAAUAAAAAAAAAAAUCGAUUAUGUUAUAUAAUAUAUGUAUUUAGUGGUUGACCAUAUGAUAAUUCUAGAAUAUUCUAGAUGUACUAUGUUUAUUAUGCUACAAGGAAACCCUAAUUGUAUCACAUGUAUAUAUACAUAUGUACUCCCAUAUCAUUCAACAAUAAGAAUAUAGAUCUAUUCUCUCCCCUACUUUCUUCCCUUUCUCUUUAAUUUCAUAACACGUUAUCAGCACCAAAUCUCUAAAUAAUUAAUAACUCUUUUGAUUCCUAUACAUAUACAUUAUUGCUAACUUCCCUCAAUCAACCGUUUUCCAUAAUGUUUCUCUCCUCAAUCUCUUCUCCUUCUAAACUAAAACUCUGCAACUCUAAAUUUUCCAGAUCGUCGUUUUUGAGAUUUGAAUAAUGAGUUUCUGUCAAAAUAAUCGGACUCAUAAUUCAACGAUCUACAUUUUUAGUAUGAUUUGUUUUGUAUUCGUUAAUGGCUAAUCUUCAAAUUGGAUUCGUUUUGCCAACUAAAUUACGUGGCGCUUGGCGAAACAGAGACGACCGAUUAAUACGGGAAAACAUCUUCAACUACUCUUGAUUUGCAGUGCAAUGAUUUAACCCAACCAGCCGCCAUUAAUGAAAAGAAAAAAAAAUCGAAGCUUUUUUGAAUUUUGGGGGGGUUGAAGGAAGGUGAAUUGGGUUUCUGGAAUCAUCUGAUGGUGAAUGUGGGGUUUGAAUUUGUGUCUCCUAAAAGUAUUUUGAAAAUUGAGGAGAAGAAGAAGAAGGUGUGAGGUUUGAGGAGUGAGUGGAGUUUUAAGUCUGUAUUUGGAAGGAAAAGGAAGAGACAAACUGAAAUACAGACGGCUAAUUUUAUUAACGAGGAUUGCACGAUGAAAAGCUAUUCGUAGUGGUGGUGUUAUCACACAGUUCAUUAUAUGCAAGAAAGUUAUUUGGUCCAGCGAUAUAUUAUACUUCCGUCACUUUACUGGUAUCCCUAUAUUCUUUUCUCCAUAUUUUACUGAAUUUAUCAGAUUAUUGCCCUUCUUGAAAUAAAAUAAUUAUAGGUUAUUAGACUAGUUAUUUGAUUGAUUUAAUUUAUAUGCUCCAUUUUUUUAUUGAAAGGAAAUAUGAAGUUUAUUUAAUUUGGGAUAUGGCUAUUGAUUUGUUUCAGCUAAGUUGUCGUAUUUGAAUAUGGCUAACUAUUGAUUUGUUUCGACUAAUUUGUCUUAUUUGAAUAGCUAUAAUUUUGGAGAAUGAAAUCGGUGGUUUCAUCAUCAAUCUCUGUUAAAUUAUGUGAUGAUCAUAGUAUAUUGACUUUAUUUUUUUUCAGUUUUAAAUUCUCGGACAUGAUGAUCUAAUAUACACAACCUGCUACUUCCAAUUGUGUGUGGUUUACCAUCACCAUAGAGUGUUCAAGCUUAUUAAUUAUGAACUGUUUUAAUUGCUGUAGAUUAUUUUUGGAUCUAGCUAAAUUCCUAUGAAAUACAUAAGAUGUUAACUAAAUUCUUCUUAAAUUAGGCACCAAAGCUUGACUGUUAGAUAUGUGUUAUAGGAUUUAAUGAAAACCCAAGUACUUUUAUUCUAUGAUAAGCUGAGAGUUUUUCAUUCAUCACUUCUUUAGUACCCACUAGCUCAUACAGAGUAUUGAAUUGAAGAUCGCAAUUUUUGUGGUGUGCCUUGUUUCCUUUGAUGUUGAGUGAGUCUGUGAAUAUCAGGAAGGUGUGAUUUAGAGAAAAUGGUUGUUAAGCGUGUGAUAAACUAUGUUACAAAGUAUUAGAAUUGCAUUUGGUUGGAUUAGUUAUUUCAUUGGUUUUGGUUAUAAAGAAUAAUCUUAGUUUUAACUUGGACAAGUUUGGUUGUUUCUUAUUGUUUACUUUGUAUUUGGUUUUAUAAAGGUAUUAUAAACGAAUUAUGCUAUUAUAAUCAUUGUUUUUAUUUCAUGAUUAUGCCUAUUGAUUGCUACCAGACUUGAUUAGCUUUAUCGCAUGAUAUUUUUUUGUGAAUGUGAUAUGUUACUAUUAAUAAUCUAAGGUUAUUAAUUACUCAUGAUAGUUUAUAAAUUAUGAAUAUAUUUAUCUAAGCUAAUUUCUAAUUCAUCGUUUAUAAUAUUAUACAUUUCUCAAGGUAUGUUUAUUUUAUAGAUAUAGAUGGCAUGUGUUUGGUAUAUUACUAUAUUGGUGUAUUAAGUUCAAUGCUAAAGAAAUUCAAAGUAAUUUUGAAUUUGAAGACAAUUCAUUUAUUUUAUUAAUUAGAUGGAAAAGCAAUUGAUUGAUGAAUUAGUAUUGUUUGUGAUGACAAUAAUGUCUAUUACAUGCGAUAAAUAUAAUUUUUACGAAAUGGUCAAGACAAGUAUUGUACUACUAGUAACUAAUACUCUAUAAUUGUAUACCCCCUCCAUUUUUGGGACUAAGUUUUAAUUUUUGUUUAAUACUGACACGAUUUCAUUGUUGAAAUAUUGAUUAAUGUGUGAUAGGAUUCGAUUAUAUAUAUGAUACUCUAUGCCCGCAUUAAGUUGAACUAUAUGAAUGAUGAUGAGUAGAUUGAACAUGAAAUACUUAUGCAUAUGGACCCGAAGUUCCUUUUGAAUGAGAGUUCAUGUGAUUGAAAGAAAGCAAGUUUGUAUGAUGUUUUCAUGAUUACAAUUCAUUGAAAAGUUCAAUUAGAAUUGCGAAAACAUUUACUUGUACAUAUCUACUAUUGGCCAAGAAAUAAUGUUUAUGAGUUUAUAAUAUGCAACAUGACAUUUGAGAAACUUUACAUGAUCAACGUUUUAUUAUGCCCAUAAAUAUAAAAGGUUUUUUUUAAGAUGAAUGUAAUUGGGCAAGAGGACAUGAUUAAGUGUUCUAUAAUUAAGUAUAAUAUUAUCUAAGCAUGUUUUUGCUAAAAGGAAAACGUUACUUGAUACAUGACAUUGCCAAAAGAAUUUAUAGCUUAAAAGGGGCAAGGAUUUUAAAGGUUGUUGGAUUGAUUCCAUACCCCCAUAUGCAAGGAUUAGGGGGAGAUUGUAUGUAUAAAUAAUAAAAUAUAUUAAUGGUCAGUUUGAUACAUACAUAUCAACGAUUUAUUUUAUAGAAGUGGCCACAUGUUAAUUAAAUAUUUUGAAAUGAUACCGUCUUGAAGAUGGAUAUAAAUAAAUGUCAUUGAUCAUAUACUAGUUGUAAAUACUCCAAUUAAAAUUGAUGUCCAGAAUGACAACAUCAAUUAUUGAUGAACUUAUAGCACGCCUGAAGCGUGAUAAAUCAAUAGGUUCUAAAGAUAAUUACAUAUCUUUGAAAAGGAAGGGAGCCACUAUUGACAAUGACAAAUUUUAGGAAGUGAUAAAUCCCAUUUCAUUUCUAGAAGAAAUCACUUUUUGUAAAAUUCAUAUGUUUUAUGAUAAUAUAAGAGAUUCCUGAAGAGUAUGAAAUAUCCAACAAGAUUAACAUGUAUUAAGAUUGCAUAAAGUAAGUUUAAUAAAGUGAACACUAGUGUUGGAAAACUGACCAAAGUUCAAAUUCAGAGAAGUGAUUGGAUUUGAUAGUUAAAUUAGGCCAUCCGGGUUUAAUAAUUACCCGUUAUGAAACCUGAAGUUUCAUUUGAUAAUGUGCUGACACUAUCUCAAUGUUAGAUAUAUGAAAUGAAUUGAAUGACAAGACAUAACAUUGAGAUUGAGCUAUAAUAAUUUGUGUUGAUGAAAAUUUUAAGAGUUAAUAGGUUUUGAUUUUCAUAUAUAAGAAAGAGCAAUAGGUGACCAGAAGUUCACCAAAAUAACUUAUAUAUUAUUGUCAAGUAUUAGAUGAUCAGAAGCUCACCAAAUACACUAUUUAAAUCUUCAAAGAUCCAAGAGAUCACUAUAUAGUGGCUUUACACACAAGUGAUUUCAUUAUUCUUGAUUUGGGCUAUUUUAUGUCAGCACAUAAGAAAUAGAAUAAGAAAAUAGACAAAUGCAUAAUAAAUGUCUCUCCAUUGACAGAAGAGAACCAUAUUAUGGAAAAUGUUAAUAAAGAAAUGAUUCUUCUCCAGAAGAGAUAAAUGUUGUUUAAUACAAAUCUUCUGAGAGAUAAAUUUUGAUUUUGAUCCUCGCAUGAGAUGAAUUUUAAUGCAAUACUAAGUUGGUAUAGAAUUAGACGCCCCUAUAAAUGAGAUAUUUUACCAACUUAGGGGGAGAAAAAUUAGCAAAAGUUGGAAAAUUCGGAAAAUAUAUAAUUGGUGAUCCCUAUAAAGGUAGUUUGAAAAGUUAUAUGCCAACUUUUGUCUAUGUAUUAUCAAGAUAUGUUGCACAUUUAUGAUUUGAUUUGUAUUCAGUUAUGACUCAUGUUGCAUAGCGUUGAAGAUAUAUUUUGGUCAUAUUAUGUGUAUACAUUGAGAUAAAAUCUUGCCAAUUAUACUUGAAUCACUAAACCUAAAGUGUGGGUUGUAUGAUCAGUUCUAAAAUAAAUAUAUGACAUGUGGCAAGAUAGUGCGGUUAACACUUUUAAUGUUGUAAUAAUAUAUAAAUAUCAUAGUGUAUGAAAUACCCAAAAGUGAUAUAGAUAUCUGAAUUAUUACAAUAGAUGGCCUAUGAUGUAAGAAAAGUUAUGAUGGUACCAAAUGAGAAACGUAUUCAGAUAUCAUUGUCAAAAUAGCAUGCAAAUUAAAAUUGUAUCUUUGAGGAAUUAGAUGAUACCGGUAAAUGAUGGAACCGAUAUAUAAUAUGCAUAUGCAGAAGGAAUGGACUUGUGCAUACGGGAUCAGAAAUAUAUGUCCAUUUUGAUGUCGACAUGAAACUAAGAUAAUAAAUCAAAAGCUUAUCAUGGACAAGAAGUCCAAUGAAAUAUGAAUGCUAAUGAUCAAAAGUUUAUCGUGGACUAGUAGUCCAAAUAGAAAAUGGAUUUCUGAAAUCCACACUGUACCAGUGUUUGUAUUUUUAAGUCUUUUUUUAUAUGCAUGUUUGAGUUUUAAAUUUAUGACUUACUCAUUGUAUGUAUAGGAUGUAGUUUGAUGCAUUACUCAUUACAUAUAUAUUUUGCUUAAUGUUUUAUCAUGAAUUCUACAUUUCAUAUUGCAUGCAUUAGUCCUAUACAACAUUUGUGUUAUAUGUGAAAGUUUAUGGUAUGACGAGUUUAUAAUUAUGAUGAAGGCUUACAAGAAGAAGUUUAUACUCCAAUGGGCUUAUAAUUGUGAUUAAAGUUUAUAUGAUGAUUGUUUCGGGGUUUUUUAAGGUGUCCUGCAGGAGAGUUAUGAUUCCAAGAUUGAGCUGCCGAUGCCUAUACCUGUAAGAUCACGAAAACUCCGGUUGGUAGGAGCUUCGCCUCCGACGAUCAAGUUAGUAUACGUACAGGAGGAAAGAAUACGGAAUAGGUAAAGUUCUUCUCGCUGAUUGGGAGAAUUCCGCAAUUAAUAUUGCUCGCUAUUAGCGUUUGUAUUUAUGAAUCCCCAAUAAAUGAGGGUUGUCCCACUAUUUAUGGUGGGACAGAUAAACUACUCAUGGAAGACUCCAAGGACACGUGUCAACAGGGGAUUGGAGUUGACCAAUGGCGAUAUGCCACGUGUCACCAGCCCAUUGGGCCACAUGUCUAGGGUAUUUUUACCCUAAACAUUUGCCCCUCACGGGUGCUGACGUGGCUGUGCCACGUGGCACCUGUGAAGAGUUUUUUUUUUUUAUUUUUUUUUAUUUUUUUAAUCUCUUGGAUUCUGGCUGCUUGGGUGAAAAGGCGGGAGAAGAAGAAGGUGAAGAGUCAGGACUCUUCACCUUUUGAGGAGGAGCCUAUAAAUAGCCAAGUCCCCUCCCCAAGCCCUCAUUUACAAACUUUGAAAAUUUUCUGAUUUUUGAGAGCAGCCGGUAUUGAGAGUAUUUCUGAGGUAGUUUCCGCGUGAGCAUCCGAUUUAUAACCGUCUGGGGGGUUUGAUAGCAAGCCAAAUUUGCAUCUGUACUUCAAACAACACAGCCGGCUCAAGAGACGCCUGUGUCUUCGCAAGCAAACCCAAGAAAUUCUCAGCGACAAAGCGGUUUUCUCCUUCUUUCUUUUAGGUACCGCCUCUAUUCUUUCAAGAUCUUCCAUGUAUUUACGCUUGAGUCUUUUGUUUAUUUUCUCGUUUAUUUGUCCCAUAGUUAGAUGGACCCUUUAUACCCCCAUCCGGAACAUAAUAAUGAGACCAGCCGGUCUGUUAGUACGGCUGAGUCUAGGACUGGAAAUACCGCCUAUAGACUCUGGGAUUUGCCUUGCUUUUCUCCCAAUCUGACCGUCUCCGUGUCUGUGCAGGACACAAUGGCCAGAACCAGGAAGACGGCUGUGGACCCCAAUUACAGAGGCGGUGGCUCUGACGAGUUGCCGCCUGAUGAGAGGGCCCCUAACGAGGCGGCCGUGGGUUCUCCCGGAGGUACUCCUAGUACACCUAGUGAUGGCAUUCUAGGCUCUGAUCAGGGAGGCGGUAAGGAAGCCGCCUCCGUAGAGCGAAAAAACACAUCCUAGGAGGCCUCCUCCUCCGCUUCCGGCUCUGCACUCGGACCUAUGGAGAGCAGCUCUAGCUUUCUAACACCAUCCAUCGAUAGUGAGGAGGAGGAGAGACCCUCUUGGCAAACUAAGGGUGAUCCUUUGAUGAUCACCGUCUCUGCCAAAGAUAGGGCCAUGAUGCGGAGCAACUUGGCAGAUUUCGUCCUCAAACGGCCCCUUGGGGCGGGAUAUAAAUUGGUGAUCCCGCCCGAGAAGGGGACAAUUGCUUGGGAGGAUGACCAGCACAAUGCAGAUGGCCGGUUUGGCUGCUACGAGGCGGCAUUCUUAGCAGGGCUCCACUUCCCUCUUCAUGACACGAUAAAGGCCAUACUAAGGGGGUAUGGCCUGGGCAUCUGGCAACUCACCCCCAACUCUUGGGUGAAUAUUCUUGGGUACAUCACCGCCUGCGAAAUGCAGGAUCUGAACCCCGGCUGGGAGGCGUUUGCCCAUAUGCAUUACUUGAGUAGGAGCCCAGGUGGCUGGAGAGCCUGGUACACCCUGACCACUUACCCCUAGUACCUCAUGACGCUCGACAAACCGUCUAAGUGGUCGGACUGGAAGAGUCGUUUCUACCUGGUCAAGGCUCCAACCAACAAGGAAAACAGAGAGUUCCGGACAUACAACCGGAAACCUGAACUUUUGGGGCAGAAAUGCCGGAUGCCCCCAGUGCCGGAGAGGGAUAGAGAAGCAAUAUUGGACUCCCACUUUUUCGAGCUCGUCCCUUCCACCCUCUCAACCGGAGAGGUAAUAAGGGUGCCCAGAAACUGGGUGCCUAAACAUGAGUUUCUAAGGGAUGAAGCCUUUUUGUCCGCCUGCGGGCUUAGCAGCAUGUUCGAAAAACAAGAAGCAAAGAACAUGUUACCAAUAGAGAAAACGCCUGCUAGGAAGGCUUCAGACAUCUGUAAGGAGAAUCUGGAGAAAAAACAUGUUGCUCAGGCGGCUAAGAAGGAUGGGAGCAAAGCUCCUCGCUCCCUACAGAAGCAGAUUCGGCCAAGGCCGACUGUAGUGGAGCCUGCAUCUAAGGUGCAGAAGACCACAUCCGCCGCCCGGCCCUCUACCGGCGGUAAAUCAAUAAAGACCCCAGGCGGGUCUACUGCUGAAGUUGUGGCCUCAAGAGAGGUCACACCAAUAAGGACCUCAACCGGUCCUUCUACUGACGGAGGCUUGAGAGGUCUCCAACAACAAGGAACAAAUCCCUUCAACCUCGCGCUGUUUGACCUGCCCAUGCGGGUUAAGUCUUAUUCUCAGUCUCAACCGGGAGAUUCUCCAAUCAGCCGGCAAUCAAUAGGCGGAGCAUAUGCAGCUUUCUCACCGUCUGUUUCUGGUGCAGAUAAUUCCCCCCGCUGGCCGGAUGUAGCUCAGUAUGCCCGAGCCAUGCUGAAAGCCGUCCCCCGGGAAAAGAAGGAGGCGAUCCCUGGGAUCAACACCUUCAACGCCGACCGUGUAAUGGUCGAGCUAGCUGAUGUAAGCUUGAAGUACCCACCGACAUUUUAUUUGAUGUAUGCACAUCCGGUUUUUCUACUAACGCCGGUUGUAUUGUUGCAGGCACUGCUGCGCGUGGAAGGGCUCAAAAAGGCCUACAUACGCAAACGGGAGAAGGUAAGGAGUGCCAAACGUCUGGCGGAUGACGCACAUAAUGUUGCUGAAUAUUCAAUGAUUGUGCAUGACUUAGAAACUAAAUCUAUAAUCAUGCGACAGGCAGACCAGGUCAAGACCCUCCAGAAGGCCCUCAAUGAGUCCAAGGUCAAAUUUGACAAUGUCAAGGUGGCGCUGGACAAUGCCGAGAAGGAGCUCAAGGAACAUGAGGAGCCCUUCAAACGGAUGGAUCAGGCGGAGAAGGCCAGCACCCGCCUGCAACAAGAGAAUGACCGCCUGAUAAAAGAGGCGGCUGCUACAAAGGGCAACUUCCAGGCCACCCUUGAAGCAGAACAAAGCCGGCUCAUUGAGGAGAAUGAGCAAGACUGCGAGAACAGAAUGAAGAGGGCGUUCUCCAUUAUCCAUCCGGGUACAGACUACAACGUCUGGGAGCUCGCCUACAAAUAUGUAGAUCUUGCCAUUCUGGCUGAAGAGGAGAAUCAGCCGGGGCCUGAAUACUAUGAGAAGUGGGUUGAGGCGAAGUUCAAAAGGAUUGAUGAGGAAGCGGCCGCUAACGAGGAGGCUAUUCAAGAUGAAGUUGCUCCUGGCUCCGUCCCCAUCAUUGACCCGUCACACCCGGAAGGGACUCAGGCUCCGAGUGACCGGGUGACCGUGCAGAUAGAAUAGCAACGACCUCUCGGCCUGCGCGCCGUGCAUUAUCUUGUAAUCGCGCCGGAUGAGUCGGCUUAUUCCGCCAUUGUAUUUUAUUUCGGAUAUUAAUAUAUAUAUUUUCUCACCGGCUGUGCCGGCUUUGUUGAAUGAUUUCUCCUAUUUACACUUCUUUAAAUUUUGCUUAGAAAUUUCUUCAAGUACUAUUACCAUGUGAACCAGAGCCGGGGUGGGGUUAGGAAUAUUGUCCCCAGGAUAGGUGACAGGUAGAGCUGCACUCAGCUAGGCGGCUAUCCGUAUGCCCCCGGUUAGGGACCGUCAAUAUUUAAACAUGUACAACCCGGGUGAAAACACGGUUUUUUUUUUAGGUACCGUAUGUAUCUUGUUUUGUCUGGUUUCAGGCUGCGUUUUUUCGUUAGGAGCCCAAAGCUUAGGGCCUUGCUAACAUUGAUUGUGAACCGUGUGUGAUUCUUGUUCGUAAAAUUUGCUUGUGCGUAACAUGUUUAUUCUGCGCCUGCCUCUUCAGAAGGGGCAGGCGGUGGUCUAGAUGUACUGGGAGUACCGGCUGCCUUUUUUGGGAGCUAGCUUCUGUUGGUACUGCAUUUCAAAGAAUAAACCGGCUGUACUUCUAGGAGUGCUAGUCAGCUAUUCUUUGAUGCGAUGGAUCAUUCAAGUGGAAAUAAAUGACUUAAUUUCCAUUUAUUAUAACCGCCUGAGUUAUGAUCGCUAGAAUAAUUUACCAACCGAAAGGGAGAUGUUCUCUUCGGUGAAUUCACCCGUAUGGGCGUCACCGGAUGUUUUUAAUGAUAAGUGUGCCGCUUGUGUGGUGCACAAGACAUGGCGUAUGGGAAUUGAAUGAUGAAGGUCGCUUGUGUUAAGCACAAGACAUGGCUCAUGGGAGUUAUGUGAUGGAAGCCGCUUGUGGUAAGCACAAGACCUAGCAUAGGUAUACAGACAUGUAAUGAACCACAUUUUCCCAUUAAUCAUUCGGUAAUUACAAAAGAUUUACAAUUUACAAUUCUCAGAAGUAGUACUUCUUUAAGUUGUCUACAUUCCAAGUCCUAGGAAACCUCCUACCGUCUGGGGUUUCUAGGCGGUAUGUGCCAACUCUAACCUCUUCAAAAAUCCGGUAGGGGCACUCCCAGUUUGGGGUUAGCUUGCCCUGCUCAUUUUCCCUACCGGUUGCCU